AUGAGUUUCAAGAAAAUUAAAGAAGUUAUAGAAGAUGGAGAUAUUGUUAUUUUAUAUUUAAAUCCAAACAACAUGCAUCCUCUAGAAGUAAAAGCGAAAAUUUCCAAUAAAAAAGGCAAAAUCAUAGACAACAUGUUUAAUACUGCAUAUGGUGCGUUAAGAGUUGUAUCACUCAUUGGACAAAAAUAUGGUUCAAAAGUUGAGUUGACUCGAGGCUGGGCAUAUGUGUUACAGCCCACGCCAGAACUUUGGACACUGAUACUACCUCAUAGAACUCAAAUUAUCUAUAGUCCAGAUAUAAGUUUUAUUAUACAUUUAAUGGAACUUAGGCCAGGAAGUAUAGUAAUUGAAACAGGUACUGGUAGUGGCUCUUUAUCUCACUCAUUAAUUCGAGCGAUACGCCCAAGUGGCCAUUUGUAUACCUUUGAUUUUCAUGAACAACGUGUAUCUAUUGCUAGUACAGAAUUUGAAAAACAUGGUUUGAAUGAUUUUGUAACUUUGAAAGAAAAGGAUGUUUGCUUAGAAGGAUUUGGGGAUGAAUUAAAACAUAAAGUUGAUGCAGUGUUUCUAGAUCUUCCACAUCCAUGGCUAGCUAUAGAACAUGCCACAGUUGCUUUAAAAAAAACAGGUGGAAAACUUUGUUUCUUUUCCCCUUGUAUUGAACAAGUUCAACGUACUUGCACAAAAUUAAUUUGUGAAGGGUUUAUAGAAUUACAUACGUACGAAUGUUUGCAAAGAGAAAUGAACGUUCAGUACAAGGUUCUGCCAAUAUUAGAUUUGGAAUGUUUGAAACAAAAGCACACAACCGAAGAUAUUCACAAGAAUGAAAAAGGAAAACAAGAAGAAAAACUUCUUACAGUUACUCACUCUCAUUCAUUACCUGGCCAUACAGGCUUUAUUACAAUUGCUGUUCUGCCCCCUAGUUAUGCACGCAAAAAAGAAAUACAAUGUAUAAAUUCAAACAAAUGAAUAAACAACUGAAGAAUACUAAGGUGUAAUUUA